UCCUACAUUGACGGGGGUCCUUCACCCCUAACCCCAGCGAAUGUGGAGGGACCACUGUAUUUUAUUCCAAGAUGUAGAUGUGCAAUGAGUUAUUUGCAAGCUGACGCUUUACAGUCAAGGUGGAGAUUUACCACCACAUCAUUUCUAAUAACCCAGUUUUAUUCCAUGGACCACCCACUUGAUGGAUCAUCUCCCAAGUCAUUUCCCAUCGCACACACACGCUUAGUACACCCACUCAGUUUACUCUGCCUGUUCCCCAAAAUCCACAAGUGUCAGAUAUAGUUAUGAGCUGCCUGUCACUAGCCUGUGAUAUCCUUUGCUGGGACACUGGAUACCAAAGAGUUUCCUUCUCUCAGCUGUUGCAUGCAUUCAAGAAUUCGACUAAGCACUGUCCACCCACCGAAACAAGUAGGAGUUAUAGGACACAAACUAGGUGAUAUCCUACCCUUCCCAGAAUCAUGGUGCAUUAUGAGCUAUAUAUAGAAGAUCUGGGUGGGACUGAGAGCCAUUCACUUGACGUCUCUCCUUGUCCAAGGAUGGUCGCUGUCUCUUUUGUGCCUGCCUGAUCGCUGGAUACUUGCUCUCCGAACACUGCUGCUUCCCUCAAAUCUGCUCUAGUCCCUGUCCUCAGCCACUAUGUCCAGCUCAAAGCAACGCCUCAUUCAGGGCAUGCACCAAGACCUCAGCUGCCCUGUCUGCCUGAAGCUAUUCCAGUCUCCUGUGACAACAGAAUGUGGGCACACUUUCUGCCAGGAUUGCCUGUCCCGGGUGUCCAAAGAUGAGGAGGACAAGGCCACCACCUGCCCCACCUGCCAGACCAUCACCAAGGUGGAGCAGCUGCACAUCAACCAGCAAAUGGAGAACCUAGUACAGAGCUUCAAGCAGGUCCCCCAAGACCACUGUGAGGAGCAUCUUGAUCCACUGAGUGUUUACUGUGAGCAGGACCAGCAGGUCAUCUGCGGGGUGUGUGCUUCUCUGGGCAAGCACAAGGGCCACAACAUCAUCACUGCUGCAGAGGCCCACCAAAGGAUGAAGAAACAACUUCCUCAGCAACAAGUCCAACUGCAAGAGGCUCAAAUACGCAAAGAAAAAACUAUUGCUCUGCUGAACCGGCAAAUAGCAGAAGUGGAGGACACAGUGUCUCAGUUCAAGCAGCAAGUGUCUGAACAGCUAGGAGUAAUGCGUGCCUACCUAGGGGCACUGGAAGUUUCUCUAGGCCGAGAGGCUGAGCGUGUGCAGCACCAAGCCACAGAUGCCUUGCAAAAUGAGCGCAAAACCAUGACCCGCUACCUAGAGCAGCUCAGACAGAUGGAGACGGUGCUUGGGGAAGUGCAAGACAAGCCACAGACCGAAUUUCUCAGGCAAUACUGCCUGGUUGCCAGCAGACUCCAGAAGAUCCUUGGAGAAUCCCCACCUAUUGCCCGCAUGGACAUCCAGCUCCCCAUUAUUUCAGAUGAGUUCAAGUUCCAGGUGUGGAGGAAAAUGUACCGUGCACUGAUGCCAGGUUUGGAGAACCUGACCUUUGACCCAGACACUGCCCAAGCCAACCUGGUGGUCUCUGAGGAUGGCAAGCGGGUGGAGUGUGUGGAACACAAGCAGGCUGUGAGCGUGGAUGACCCCCAGCGCUUUGACAAGGCCAACUGUGUGGUGUCAUGCCAGAGCUUCUCACAAGGCGAGCAUUACUGGGAGGUGACUGUAGGGGAUAAGCCCCGAUGGACCCUCGGUGUCAUCUCGGCUGAGACUGGACGCAAGGGACGUCUGAAUGCUCUUCCAUCCCAUGGCAUAUGGGUGCUAGGCUGCAAGGACGGCAAGACCUAUGAAGCCCAUGUGGAACACAAGGAGCCACGGGUGCUGAAGCUGGAGCAGAAGCCCACCCGCAUUGGCAUCUACCUCAGCUUUGAUGAUGGCAUCCUGGCCUUCUAUGAUUCUAGUGAUGAAGACAACCUGGUACAGAUCUUUGCUUUCCAUGAGCGCUUUACGGGUACUCUCUACCCCUUCUUUGACCCCUGCUGGCAUGAUAAAGGCAAAAACAGCCAAGCUUUGGUUAUUUAUACUCCACAGACAGAAUAGCAAUAAUCAGAACCUGACUUGAGUGGAGAUAGUUCACAGUCAAAUAUAAUUGUAUAGAAUAGGGGUGGAAAAAGUGCAGCCUGCAGACCAUAAGCGGAGCCCCAGGGCUUUUUUGUAGCCCCCAGAAGUAAUUUGUUUUGCAAACCUGACCUUUUUUAAAACUCUACAAAGUAUGCAGCCAUUGGCAGACUUUGGAAGGGCCCUUGAAAAAUGGUUUGUCUCCAACUGUCUGCUAAGAAGUGUGGGGUUAAAUUUUGCCACAUUUUAGGCCCAGGAGAGGCCUUUUUAAAAAAUGAAAAGUAAACUGGAGGUGACUCCUGUGUUAAAAAGUUUUCUCCUGCACCCAAAAUGGCCCAGUGGCCGGGGGCGGGGGGGGGGGGUCUAAAACAUGGUGAAAAUGCCUACCAGCCCCCAGCUGAGAACAUCUUUGGGUGCAUUCUGGGGCAGUUUUUUAAAAAAGUGAAGGAAGCCCUCAAAUUUGGCAACUUUACCUGGGGGGUGCCUUCCAAAUUCUCCUGAGGGGCUAAUGCAGCUCCCUAGCCUCCUGCGGUUGUUUACCACUGAAAUAGAUACACCCAGCCACUUUCCCUGUUGUAACAUCCUACAAAAUAUACAGAAUGGCUACCUCUGGCUGAGCCAUAUCCCAGGUAUCCCAUAGAUUAUUGUCAAUUUUAAUUCUGUUCCCUGAUCACUGCAUUCACCUAACAGUAUGUAUAAAUAGAUGGAUUACUUUACUCAGAAUAAAGAGUCAGGUACCA